AUGGACGAGGAGGAAUAUGUCUGUAGCUUUUGCAAGUGUUACAGCUUCCUAUCGCGAUACGUGUGCAAGAAGUCGGGUAAGGUUAUGUGUCUGCUACAUGCUGGUGCAUACGAGUGCUGCGACUCCAAGGAAUCGGAUCGAUAUGCUGGUGCAGCUCACGAUCAUAUCCUCUCUCUCCGCAUGACGGACAAGGAGUUGAAGGCAAUGGUGCAAAAGGUGGUUGACCGAGCCAAGCUUCCUGAGGCUUGGGCACAGAAGGUCGACGACUAUCUUGGCCAGGAGCCCCGUCCUUCGCUCAAGAUUCUGCGUUCAUUGCUCAACGAAGGUGAGCGCAUUCCCUUCGACAUCCCGCAACUUGCAGACUUGAAGCGCUAUGUCGAGCGUUGCAACGAAUGGGUCGAAGAGGCCACCAUCUACAUCACUCGUAAGCAGCAGAACCGAGCUAAGGGAAAGCCUUCGCGCAAGAAGUCGACAGUUGCUGAAUCGGACGAGCGCGACAAGGAGCUUCGUAACUUUGAGAACAUGCAAAAGCUUCUCGCCACCGCUGACGAAAUUCAUUUCGAUUGCCCAGAGUACAAGACUCUGCGCGAAAGAGAAGCCGAUAUCAAUGACUUCAAAGCAAAGGCAGUCGCCAUUUGCAUGGGUCAGCAACACCACCCGCGCUCUACCCAAGAGAUCGAGGAAGUCUUCGAACUUGGCAAAGGCCUUAAUAUUGACCUUCCCGAGCUCGAGAACCUCGAAAAGCUACUCAAUCACGUGAAAUGGCUUGACGAAGCUCACACCCGUCCGGUCCAUCUGCAAACACUCCAGGAAGUUGACGUCUUUAUCAACCGUGGCUUGGAGAUUGGUAUUCCCGAGACAAACCCGCAUAUACUUCGCUUGCGAGACGCAAGGACCCAAGGUGAGUACUGGGAAGCCAAGGCCAAGGAGAUCAUGAGUGUCGAAAACGUCCAUUACCAGCAACUGGACGCUCUUUCUAAGCAGGCAGCUGGUCUGCCUGUCACUGCAGAGACACUUGCAAGAGUCGAUGCCAUACUCAAGAAACAACGCGAAGCUCAAGAAAAGAUUCUUGCUCUCUACCAACAGAGUAAGAAUCCCGAUUUCAGAUCCCGGCCAAUGUACAAGGACGUCAGAGAUGUCAUGGCAUCUUUGGAAGAAUUGAACAACAAGCCUGCUGGCACUGUCGACCUUGAGAAAGAGCAGCGCCGCCAUGAAGACUGGAUGCGACGUGGCAAGAAGUUAUUCGGCAAAGCCAAUGCGCCGCUACAUAUCCUGCAUCAGCACAUGAACUUGGUCAAAGAGAGGAACGAUGCAUGUUUCGAACUUCGUGAUAAGCCGAGAAUGCCAGUUGAGCCUUCCUCAAGGGAACAUACACCGGAGCUCGACACCAAGAACAACUUCCCGGAUGUCUUCUGUCUCUGCCGUAGACCUGAGGCUGGUAUGAUGAUUGAGUGCGAAUUGUGCCACGAAUGGUGA